AUGGCUACCUUUUCGCGUCUCGUCCGAUUCAGAAAUCCGGCGGGACAGAUCUUUUACGGCGAAGUGCCGGGAGUCGACUUCGUCACCCAAGAGUCGCUGCAAGGCAGCAAGGUAGCCGUGUACAAGGGAGAGACGCCGUUCGAAGACGACUUUGGCCUGACGGGUCAUCAGGAGGAAAUCGCAGAGGUUCUCGCUCCGUUGCCGUAUGUGCCAAUCUUCGAGUGCGUGGGAGUCAAUUAUCUCAAGCACGUCCAAGAAACCGGGGGUGAACCACCUAAAUAUCCCGUCAUCUUUAAGAAACCGGCAGACGCCCUCGCCGGUCCUUUUGAAGACAUACCGAUCCAUCCCGAAUGCCAGUCUCAGAUGGACUAUGAAGCUGAACUAUGUGUCGUGAUUGGCAAGGACUGCAAGAACGUGACUACCGAGGAGGCCUUGAACUACGUGCUGGGAUACACGGCUGGCAACGAUGUCUCUGCACGCUAUUGGCAAUGGCGCGAGCGAUCCGGCGGUCAACACGGCUCCGCCAAGGGAUUUGACAAGUUUGCUCCCAUCGGGCCCGUCAUCGUAUCGCCCAGCGCCAUAGGAGACCCGCACAACUUGUGGCUCAAAACCAUCGUCAACGGGACCGACGUUAGGCAACAAUCGCGGACCGAUGAUCUGAUCUUCAAGCUGCCCGAGAUCAUAAAGCACCUCAGCCGAGGCACGACCCUCCGAAAAGGCACCGUCAUCAUGUCCGGAACCCCUAGCGGAGUAGCCGCUUUUAUGAAACCACCGGGAUUUUUGCAAGAUGGAGACGUGGUGACCGUCGAGAUUGAGAAGAUUGGAAGGCUGGAGAAUAAAUAUGUCUUUGAAAGGGAGAAUCUAUGA